GAGCUGGUAGUAGUUUAGUUCGAAGCGGACACCUGCUAAAAUCUAGAGGAUUUUCGUCGAAUUUUGUCGCAAUUUACGUUAAAAGUAGUACAUUGACGGCUAAUUGGCGCGCAGAAUCCCCCGGGCGGACCAGCGUAGGGUGCAAAGACUAUAAGUUCCGCGUGAUUUUCGGACCGGGUCACUUCCGGAAGUUUGGCGACUUUUUGCGCGUGUGGGAUUCAAAGAAGACGAGAACAACGAGAUUGUCGGGAGUGCGUUGAACACUCAGGCAGGGAUCGCUGGGUUGGUCUCCACGGUGCGGUGGUUCAGUGACAGUGCCUAUAGCUUAUGUGUUGUGUGUUGUGUUUUCAAAGCUGCGGGGGAAGCAGUGCGUGAGAGGGAGAGAGGUAACCUCCCUUAUGUUAGGCUAGCAAGCUUUGGCCCAGCGCUCGCAGGACACAAAGAGUUUGAGACCCACGCGAAGUUUCCGCCGCCCUCGUCGCGCACUGCUUCGUCGUCAUCGCCGUCGUCGUUGGCAUCGGUGAAUAAUAAAAAAGCACCGUUCGAAAGCAGGCAAAUUAAUAUGCAAGCACGGGAACUAAUAGCGAUCCCUUCGGCCCCAAACAGCAGCAGCCGGUGCAGCUACCAGCAAUAGCCACGCGGAUACGCAAAUGAUGAAUGAAUGCUUACGAAAACAACAAUAAUUGCCAAUGAGAGUACCAACCAACGUCGAGGCGCCGGGCAGCACAGCAGCAGGGUGAAACUUCCUCCCCACAAACUGCAUGACCCGAAUGGUAGGGCUUUCAACGACUACUGCAGUAUAGGGACUGUUGUGUCAAAGUGAUUGUGUACAGAGAUUUUUUAUGGAACCGCAUGUUUUUAUUAGUUUUUUUAUUCCGAGUGCUAGUGUGUGAAAUACUGAAAGUACAUAAUUGAGAUUCUUGUGAUUUUUUUUUUAAAUAUUUGUUGUAUAGUUCGCAAAAAGUCCGUCCAGCUUAAGUGCCAUAACAGAGUUAAGUGCCUUCGCCAUAGUAGUAGCAUAUUUUCAAUUAUUAAGUGUACGCGCAAGCAAAGCAACCCUCGAAGUGAAACGUGAAAGCCAUCGAAAAGCAAGCCGCAAAAGUAAAAAAAAUAUAUAAUAUGUGUUGUGUUGAAGCAAGAUGAAAAAAUUGAUAACAAUUUAGCAGGCGUGCAAAUUGAAAGUCCGCUCCGGCUGAUGACAGUUUUAUAAACACUUAAGUGAGCAAGUGCUUCGAAAAGUACCCGGUGGCCGCAGCAGCAGAAAAAAGCAAGGUCGAGCUAUGUAAGCGGAGACGUGCAAUCGGUAGUCUUAGCAAAGGAAUCCGUCCAGUAAUCAGAGAUUAAGAGAAUAGAGAAUGUGAUAUCAGCCGACCUUCCAAGCAAAUCUAAUACUCAGCAGCGCUUCCAGAAUACAGUAUUAGCAUUAGAAGAUAUUUAAGUGCAAUUUCUCACAGAGAUCAACCGAGUAAAAAAUGUCUUCCUCACCCGACAUGCAGCACCAUCAUGCGCAAAGCGAGAUCAGAUCAAAUCCUCCCACGCCCCCACCGGAGCUGGCGACAAUGACAAAUGUCAGUGUACUGGAUUUGCACAAAGACUACACGGGGGAUGUGGGUCAGACAAAGGUUUAUGACAAGGAAACCAAUACGGUGUACCUGUACGCUAAUCCAGGCCAUAAGAUCAACACUUCGGUAGCUGCCAUACAAUCUCCCCAACAUUUGUCCACAGUCGUCCAGGCAGGACAUCACCAUCAGUUAUCGUCACCCGACCAUGAAGUAGAGCAAAAUUUACUCCAUUCAAGAUUAAUACAAGAACAACAACACCAACAACAACAACAGCAACACACACAUCACCAUCACCACCAUCAACCACACGAAGAGGAUCAGCAUAUACAGCGGCUCUCGCCAGGGGAUCAGGUAAUUGACGGAAGAUUAAUACCGUCAGGCUUGAACGGAGAUAUUCAGCAACAACAUCAUCACCAGCAACAGCAACAGCAGCAGCAACAACAACAACAACAACAACAUCAGUCACUGGCCCGUCUCUCGCCGGACGAUCAAUCAGUGCGUAUGCUGGACAACGCACACAUUCAACGUCUCCUUGGCAACCAGCAGAUCAUUAGUCGAGAGAUCAUCAACGGGGAGCAUCACAUCAUCACGCGCAACGAGAAUGGUGAAACGAUUCUGACCCGAAUCGUGAAUGCCCCGGCCACCACACCAACGAACGAUCAAUUAAUCAACAAACUUUCAACCGACCCCAACGGUAUCUACAGUGGUCACCAUCACGCUACUGCCGGAGGCCCUUCGACCCCAACUGCCGACCAGCUGCCAACGACUGUCCUUCAGUACGAGAAAGAAACCGAGGACAAACAGCAGCAGCACCAACAACAGCAAAUCUAUGCCAACCCAGCAAAUGACUCCUCCCCGGAUCAGGCAGUGGCCAUCAAUCAUCCCAAACAGAUCGUUUACACGGUGGGCGGUGAGCCGAAAAACGUCAUCUAUGGUGACCCGAAAGCCGCGAUACCGCAUUUUGAGCCCAUGCAUCAGGAUCCUACAGGACAGCAGGAUCCCAAGGCUCAAAUCGAUUACGUGUACAAUGAUGGCAACAAAACAGUCAUCUAUACCGAUCAGAAGGGGCUGGAGAGUUUGUAUGCUAACAACGAGCUGGGUCUAAUGGACGGAACGCAGAUCGUGGUCCAGGGCAAUCUUCAGUACACCCAGCAGCAGGGACCGGACGGAACGACGGUGUAUGUGGUCGCUUCCGAUAUGAACCCGGACGACAUCAGUGCGCAGAUUCAGCAAAGCAACCCCACCGCAAAAAUUAACGGCCAAACCACGCCUCUGGAUGUAUCAGGCCUAUCGCAAAAUGAUAUACAAGGCAUACUGCUUGGUUCACACCCAUCAUCGCAGACGAUAAAUGUCAAACGUGAGCCCGAAGAUCUACGCAAAGAGCCGAAAAAUUCACGAAGUCAAAAGGUGUUGGUCGUUCAGCCCACGUCGCCCUCGAUACAGAUUAAAGAACCUCCACCUAGCCCUGGAAGCCCCUCGGCCGAAACCAUGUAUGCUGCCCCCGGCAGCACGCAGAUCUACCUACAGGGUCCAUCACAUCAGUCUAGUUCGGCCGCGACUGCCGGUUCCAAUGUGAAUACGAAUUCACCCAGUCCCAGCUCCUACGAUCAGUAUGGAAUGUAUCAGCAAAGAUUAGGACCCAGCGGUGCGGCGUUUAUCGCUGAGCAAUACCCAUAUCGCGAGUACUUUGAUCCGCAGGGUUAUGCUCCGGCUCGUACCAUUUACGGUACGGCAGAUUCGGACGGACCACAGCCAGCAACCACGUAUGAGGGUCGCUACUCGUCCAAGACGGGUUCGAUCUACACCAAAACCAUCACCUCCGCCGGCCUGACCGUGGAUCUUCCCAGUCCUGAUUCGGGUAUUGGUGCUGAUGCUAUUACUCCCAGAGAUCAGAAUAAUGUACAACCGUCCUUCGAUUAUACAGAACUAUGCCAGGCACCGACCGGUUUGCUGGAUCCAAACUCCAGCGCCAUACCGGCAUCGGUCGCUAGCCUGCAGCGAAACCUGACGGUCAACGGUGGCCAGAACAGUCCAACGACCUCGAUUGGCAGUGCGGCAGCUCCGCCCAGGUCCCGACCGUGGCACGACUUUGGACGGCAAAAUGACGCCGAUAAAGUGCAAAUACCAAAAAUAUUCUCCAACGUUGGCUUCAAAUACUAUCUGGAAAGCCCAAUCAGCUCGUCCCAGCGGCGGGAGGAUGAUCGGAUAACUUACAUCAACAAGGGACAGUUCUACGGGAUCACGCUGGAGUACAUCCACGAUCCGGAUAAGCCGCUCAAGAGUCAGACUGUGAAGAGCGUCAUCAUGCUAAUGUUCCGCGAGGAGAAAAGCCCCGAGGACGAAAUCAAAGCCUGGCAGUUCUGGCACAGUAGGCAGCACUCGGUCAAACAGCGGAUAUUGGAUGCAGAUACGAAAAACUCCGUCGGUCUAGUCGGUUGCAUCGAGGAAGUGUCACACAAUGCCAUCGCCGUUUACUGGAAUCCACUGGAAAGUUCCGCUAAGAUAAACGUCGCAGUUCAAUGUUUAAGUACAGAUUUCAGCAGUCAAAAGGGUGUUAAGGGCCUGCCACUCCACCUGCAAAUCGACACGUUCGAGGAUCCACGGGAUACCAGCGUGUGCCAUAGGGGUUACUGUCAAAUCAAAGUAUUUUGUGAUAAGGGUGCUGAACGCAAGACGCGUGACGAGGAACGACGAGCCGCGAAGCGCAAAAUGACAGCAACGGGCAGGAAAAAGUUGGACGAGUUGUACCAUCCCGUGGUCGAUCGAUCCGAAUUCUACACAAUGAGUGACUUGAUGAAACCUCCAGUAUUGUUCACACCAUCGGAAGACAUCGACAAGGUAGGACCGGAAGGUACUUACGAUUUACGCUCAGAUGCUCAUAAUAUACCAAUUCUACAGCUUACGUCGAUGGACUUGCCGUUCUACGGGCACGAUGCAGAUUCUCUUUCCGGUGCUUCUGACAACGUAAAGUCGCCAUUCUUGCUGCAUGCCAACAAACCCGCAACGCCAACGCUUAAGUUUCAUAACCAUUUCCCGCCAGAUGUUAAUACGGACAAGAAGGAUCCUAGCAUCAUUAUGGACGGAUCGAUGGUAGGAAACAUGUCCGACUUCGGGUCGCAGAUUAAGCGACAGCGGAUGACCCCGCCUCUGAGCGAGCGAGUUAUGCUUUACGUCCGACAGGACAAUGAAGAUGUUUACACACCCCUGCAUGUAGUCCCACCUUCGACGGUCGGGCUUUUGAACGCUAUUGAAAAUAAAUUCAAAAUUUCGACGUCGAGAAUAAAUAGCAUUUAUCGCAAAAAUAAGAAAGGAAUUACGGCGAGAAUUGAUGACGAUAUGAUCAGACACUACUGCAACGAAGACAUCUUCAUCCUGGAGGUCCGACAGUUCGAGGAAGACCUGUACGACAUCACACUGACGGAGCUUCCGACGCACUGAUCGUCGUAACGUUUUACUUCUAUCUACUAUAAGCAGCUUCUUUCGCGUUUUCUGUAGCAGAAUAAGGUAUAUUUACUAGACAGUGCCUUACGAGAGACAUUCUAACGUUUAAAUGUAUAAAUUGUUGAUAUAGGAAGUACUACUCACAAGCGAGUAACAGAUGAAUAGCAUAAAUGUUUAAGAUAUUACAAGUUUUUUAGUGAAUACGUCUUUUAAUUGUUUAGAUUUAUUUAUUUAUUUGUAGCAGAACAGAAUCAGAACAAGCAAGUAGGAAAUGAUAUGACACAAAAAGGUACGUGCUUCUCGUGGCAUGAGAUUUUAUGGACAAAAAAAGGAGGAGCAACAUUAAAAUUUACAUCCAUCAAACGCAUUUAUAUUGACCCCUAGAUUAUUUGCCUCAAUGAACAAAAUAAGCUGAAAAUCCACUUCAAGAUCUCAAAGUAUUCGUACUUAUAUUCGGGGCGAUUCCGCAAUCAAGAAGAAUUUCGUUACAAUGCAGACAAUUGUCCAUAAAUAAUUCGUUUUGCUCAAUUAUCGGGGACGACUGUGAACGGGAAUGGAUGUGUCAUAACCCUACAAUUCAAUCCCCUGCAGACAAGGCGCCAUUUUGAAUCCAAAUGAAGUGAAUGAUUAAAAAAAAGGCUCGAGGGCGCAUCAUUCCCAUGAGAAUAGAUUUCAAGCCAUAUGUUUUAAUGUAGAUAAUAGCAACUUGUCUUGCUUUUCCACUCAAAAUAAGUACUUACCCUUUUAGAUUCUAAAUCACUUUUUGACGAAUGAACGUACUUUGCAGGAGAAAAAAAAAAUGCGCAACAAAAUGAAACUUUUUGUACAACAAAACAGUUUUUGAUAGCUAUUAGCGAUCAUCCAUCGGUUGCAAUAUUAACAGUAACUUUGAAACGUAACAAUAGCAUAAGAGAAUAGAAUGCUUAACUGUUAGAAACUUAAGUUGUAAACUCACUUUACAUUCCAUGACAGUAAUUUUCAUCGACAUUCCAACAAUUCAGUACAUACUACUUCUUUAAUCAUUCACACCGCUGACACGUACUUUCACUAUACGAGUAUUCUAAGAAAAUAUUUUCCACUUAGAAUAGAUGUGCUAUUUUUUAAGGAAAUCCCCUUUGCUGAAACUGCCAUACUUGAGAAUACAAAUAGUGUUUAAGCAACAAACAAGUUUAACGGAUAAAAUAUUUAGCAAAAAAAACAUACAUCACUAAUUGUUAAGUACCUGAGAGAUUUAAAGUGAAAAGUAGCAACAAGGAAAAAAUAAGUAUUUUUGAUGCUAAUCCACAAACAGACUGUUCAGUGAGCAGCACAACGGCGAAAAAUCAAGAGAAAUGUUAAUGUGAUAUAGAAAACAAACAAAUGCUACACGAUUGUUGUUAUUUUAACCGGCCACCGCUAGCGGAUACCUCAAUGUGUUAGACUCUUGCCACAAACAUGAAACCAUCCUCAAGAAAAGCCAACAACAAGCCUGAUUGAGAGCCUGUCACUCCCGAUUGCCAUAUACAUAUAUUGAGCCUCUUUCCUUUCCUCACAAUGUCCACGGUGGCCAACUCCCGCGGAAAAUUCUUAAUAAAAAUGUUUAAUACAUCCGAUAGAAAAAGAACGGAUCCAAGCAACGCAUUGAGCAACUUGCUAUUCUUUUAGUAGCCUUAUAAGAUACUAAAUAAGUAAACCGUGGAUGGAACCUUGUUGCAAGAACGAUCCAUCUUUAUCGCGCUACGAAAAUAAAUGCAAUAUUAAUUUUACUAAUCAUGUUUUAGAAGCGACUCCGUAGGCUACAAAUGCAAGAUAGCGAGCGCGCGGAGAGUGAGUAUUUAACACAGCUACGAUUAAUACAACAACGACAACAAUCAAGCAUUUUUUCGUGAAAAUUUUCUUCAAGUAGCAAACUGUAAUGAUUUCUUUUGGUGGUGGAUAACGAUCAGCUUUUAUUGAUUCUUCUGUUUUUUAUUUGUAUUUCGCGUUUCAUUUAAUAGUAAUGCUAUUCUCAGUAGUAGCGCACAAGUAGUAGCAGAAGUACACACAACGAAUGCAGUAAUUAUUUAGUAGAACAAAGUUUUGCCAUUAUAACAAACCGUCGAAAGAAAAGUAAAAAUUUAUUUGGACAAGCUGAAAAUGUGACUAACAGAUAGGCUAAGCAGAUAUCAAUUAAGCAGCAAAACAUUUAAGUAAGAGAUUUUCAAUAUAGUGAAAAAAACGUUUCUUUUUAUGA